CGCUUUGACACGGAUAAAUCCCCUAAGCCUACUUGACAACUAGCAUACUGUGCCUUUGUGACCAGCUUGUCGGCAGAAUGCACGGUCUAUGCUUGCUUUGUCUCACUGCCGUGCUCGCUGCAUUCACCCGGAUCGCGGAGACCGUGGGGCCGGUGGUCCGAUGCGAGCCGUGUGACACCGGGGCUCUCAUGCAGUGCACGCCUCUGGCAAAAGACUGCGCCGAGAGCGUGCGGGAGCCUGGCUGUGGGUGCUGUCUGACGUGCGCCCUUGCCGUGGGUCAGGCGUGUGGAGUGUACACCGGGCGCUGUGGCUCCGGGCUGACUUGUCAGCACCAACCUGGGGAGACCCGACCACUGCAAGCCCUGCUAGAGGGACGGGGAGCGUGCUCCAGUGCCGCGUCCAAAAAACUCCACACCAUUCUGCUCCCCACGCAGAAACAAGAUAACGCUGGCAGGGAGCAGGUGGGGGUGGGGGAAGAGUGGCGUGCCAACGUCACCAUGAUGACGACCAUGGCGGCGGGUGUGGUUGUUGUGGAAGGCAGAGGCGGCGGACACCGAGGGCCGAUAGAGGCCAAACCGCCGCUGCACACCAAGCUGGAUGUGAUCCAGAAGGAGCAGAAUAAGAAGAGCCAGAGCUACAAGGUGGAGUCAGUAUCUGGGGGAGUCAAAACCAACAUGCCCAGCUUCUCCCUGGAGGACAAGAGGGAGACCGAGUAUGGACCAUGCAGGCGAGAGAUGGAGAGCAUUCUGAACAGUCUUAAAAUCUCCAAUGUGCUCAACCCCAGAGGCUUCCGCAUCCCCAACUGCGACAAAAAAGGCUUCUACAAGAAAAAACAGUGCCGUCCAUCCAAAGGGAGGAAGCGAGGUUACUGCUGGUGUGUAGAUAAGUAUGGUCAGCCUCUCCCCGGCUACGAUGGAAAGGAGAGAGGAGAAUCCCAGUGCAACAACCUGGAGAGAGGAUGGAUUUAGAGAAGGAAUGAAGGAAGGAGGAGAGAGGAAUAGGAGAUACUUUUUUUACUCCUGCCCUUCACAAAGCACAAUCGAAAGAGCGCCGGACCGUUGACCUCAGGUCAUAUGAC